AUGUGUACACACGGACAUUGCGAACAUUCGAUUGAGGCGGAAGAUUUUUCUAUAUCGUUCAGUCUGUUCAAGUACAUCGACUUACCUAACCUGCAGUGUCUAAAUGAAUGUUCACCGGGUUCAGGAAAGUUGGUGUUUAAACCCUACGAAGAUAGGAAGCUCCUUUCUCCCUUUGUCGAGAGUGAUGCUGAUGCAGAACUUCUCUUUAAUAUUCCAUUCACUGGUUCAGUGAAAUUGAAAGGAGUAAUUGUUGCGGGAGAAGAUGGUGAAUCACAUCCGAGUCUUAUACGGCUCUAUAAAAAUCGCCCUUUUAUGACAUUCUCCGACGCUGAAGGAGAAGCAGACCAAGAAAUUGAACUUCACACAGAUGUACAAGGCGAAAUUAUGUACCCCUGCAAAGUUACGAAGUUCGCAAACGUCCAUCACUUAAGUAUCCACAUAGCCAGAAAUUUUGGAGCUGAACAGACCAAAAUUCAUUAUAUCGGACUCCGUGGUGACUUUUCAGAAGCCCAGCGCCAGGGCAUUGUUGUAGCAAAUUACGAACUCAAACCCAACAUUUCUGAUCACAAAGCUGACAUUGUAAAUAAAACAACCCACUUUAUCCAAUAA